GUUUUGUCAGGUCCUUUAAAGGUCCGGUGUCUGCGCUGCGCUACGCUGCACUUUCCCUUUCCCUUCCCCUUCAACAAACUUGAACUCACUGGCAUCACCGAAGCAGAAGCACCGCUACUAUUAGUACUACGACGGACUGCACAGUAACAGUCGUGUUCAUGGCCUUCUCCUUCAAGUGAGGAAUAUAGCCACUGCACUGCACUACUUCAGUCUCACUCCAACCUCGCUCAGCCGUCUUCGUCCCUGCUUCGUCCACCUGACUUCGCCUGGCCCUCGUAGAUCUUUUUCUACCUACUUACCUUCUACCCACCAACACCCAACCUUCAUCCUCAUCCUUACUUCUUCCUCCCCAUCUACCAUUUCCUCAUUCUCAUUCAAACUGUGCCCGCCCUACCUACGCAGCCCUGGCCGCUUCCUCUCCGCCUGCUGUCAACAAGUCUCGUCUCCCCGGUUUCAUCAUCGCAGCGCCGGUUCCCACACCUCAUUUCUGAAGGCUUCACCUACGCAAAGUGGGGAAAUUAGCGCUCUGUCCGCCAACCCUCUCACACCAGUUCCCUCCACCCUCUUGUGUCUUGACCCUCGACCAUCUCUUCCCUCGAGUCUCGACACCGUCAAACCCUCCUGCGGCCGUCGCAAUCCUUGUCGUCUUCAUUCUCGACACCCGGCCCAGUCGUCCAUUUCGGCUCAUCUGCCAACCGCUCCUUCAGCUUGCGUCGCUCCUUUUCUCCAGACUCGCUUACUGCCUUCAUACCCAACCGCUCCGUCGCCAAAGUGGAUCCCACACUCCCCUAGCACUCGACAAUGUCGCAAAACAGACCUGGAGGAGUUUUCUCUGGCUUGCGCAUGGGUGAAGUGGUGCGAGAAAAGGUGCAGGAUGGCCUUACCGGCGAGACAAGAGAAAUGCAAUAUACACAAUGCAAGAUCGUUGGAAACGGUUCUUUCGGUGUCGUGUUUCAGACCAAGCUGUCGCCUAGCGGCGAGGAUGCUGCGAUCAAGCGCGUGCUCCAGGACAAGCGGUUCAAGAACCGAGAGUUGCAGAUCAUGCGCAUUGUCCGGCAUCCAAAUAUCGUUGAGCUAAAGGCGUUUUACUAUUCGAAUGGCGAACGGAAGGAUGAAGUCUAUCUCAAUCUCGUCCUCGAAUAUGUCCCUGAGACAGUGUACCGCGCCUCCCGCUAUUUCAACAAGAUGAAGACCACCAUGCCGAUCCUCGAAGUCAAGCUCUACAUCUACCAGCUCUUCAGAUCCCUGGCCUACAUUCACUCGCGGGGAAUCUGUCACCGGGAUAUUAAGCCACAGAACCUCUUGCUUGACCCGGCCACCGGAGUUCUCAAGCUGUGUGAUUUUGGAAGUGCAAAGAUCCUGGUCGAAAACGAGCCAAAUGUGUCCUACAUUUGCUCUCGCUACUACCGUGCCCCCGAACUGAUUUUCGGUGCCACUAACUACUCUACCAAAAUUGACGUCUGGUCGACCGGCUGUGUCAUGGCUGAAUUGAUGCUGGGCCAACCCUUAUUUCCUGGAGAAUCGGGUAUUGAUCAACUCGUCGAGAUCUUCAAAGUGCUCGGCACGCCUACAAGAGACCAGAUUCGCACCAUGAAUCCCAACUACAUGGAGCACAAAUUCCCUCAGAUCAAGCCACAUCCGUUUAAUAAGGUUUUUCGGAAGGCAUCACCCGAAGCGAUCGAGUUGAUCUCGGGCCUGCUGGAAUAUACCCCGACUCAACGACUCUCUGCCAUUGAAGCCAUGUGCCACCCCUUCUUUGACGAGUUGAGAGACCCAAACACUCGCCUACCUGACUCGCGUCAUGCCGGCGGGCCACCGCGGGAGUUGCCACCUCUGUUUGACUUCUCUCGACAUGAACUGUCAAUUGCGCCGCAUCUCAAUUCGAAGCUUGUCCCGCCACACGCUCGACCGGCUUUGGCGGCCCAGGGUAUCGACCUGGACAACUUCACUCCACUCUCCAAAGAGGAGAUGAUGGCUCGACUUGAUUGAAUCAAGGCUUGCCCAAAUCUGUUACGACGUGACGCCGAGAGGGGUUUUGUCCGCUGAUGUGAUCAUCAUUGUAUGCAGGUACAUUGGCGUCCACGCAACAUGCAUCGAAGACUCCUACAGCUAGCAUUCAGUCAUCGUGUUUCUCGACAGAGUUCCUUUGGCUUUGAAAAAAAGGUAUCUGUCACGACCGAACAGCACUGGCUUUAUCAGCUGGUCGCAGGACUGGGCUGGGGAUUUGUGAGCGACCUUUCAAAAGGGGUGGAGCUGGUUGUCUUGCUAAAAUCGACCGUUGAUGGUCUGGCUGGGAAGUGUGCUCUACUUACUGGGACCGGGUCGGCUUUGUCAGCCCUACGAAUGGAAAGGAAGAAAUUGAAGCGCGGCCGAGGGCAUUGGGCAGACGGAUUGUGUUCCGAAUAUGCAGCAGACGGCACACAGCUGUGCGUAUAUUGCUACUGCGUACACGUCGCUCGAGGAGGACGACCGCUUUUAGACGAUUUCAACCACAGAAGCUCGGGGGGUUUCCUCUCUGGGCAGACCUUUAUCCUAAUAAACGGUUUCUAGAGCCAUAGAAUGAGAUUAAGUGCUCGCACUUGACACGAUGUGCGGCGCCAGCAAACACGUUGUAGCGUGCAGUGCCCGUAUAUAUGUGGUAUUAGAGCAAAGUUUGACCUUUGGAGAUGGUGCCAAGCGAACGU